GCAGAGAAAGCAGUCUUCCCUUUCUCCCUUCCUCUCUACUCCUUUUCUUUUUCCGUGUGUGUCAGAGAGAGGGAGAGAGGGAGGGGGAGAGGAAGAGAGAGAGAGAGAGAGAGAGAGAGAGAGAGAGGAUGCCGGGGAGCCACGAUCAGCGGUCGAGAUCUGCCAAGGCGGUUACCAUCCACGGCUGCGCUCAGUCCGGGGACCUCAUCGGCGUACAGAAGCGGCUCCAGGAGAACCCGUCGCUCCUCAAUGCGAGGAACGCUGUCAUGGCACAAACACCACUUCAUGUGGCAGCUGGAUAUAACAAUACUAGUAUCGUCAAGUACCUGCUUGAGUGGAAAGGUCCAGAGAAAGUUGAGCUGGAGGCAAGGAACAUGUAUGGUGAAACACCAUUGCACAUGGCAGCGAAAAAUGGUUGCAGUGAAUCAGCAAGGAUGCUUCUCAGACACGGUGCUUCUCUUGAGGCAAAAGCCAAUAAUGGAAUGACUCCAUUACAUUUGGCUGUUUGGCAUGCACUGCGAGCAGAAGAUAGCAUUACAGUGAGCACAUUGCUAGAAUAUAAUGCUGAUUGUAGUGUCAAAGAUAAUGAGGGAAUGACCCCUUUAAAUCAUCUCUCAGAUGGUGCUUCUAGCGAGAAACUUCGAGGACUCCUUGGUCGGCAUAUGGAGGAGCAAAGAAAGCGAAAAGCAAUUGAGUCAUGCAGCGAGGCAAAAGCAAAAAUGACUGAGUUUGAAGCAGCUAUCUCAAAUAUUGUGGGAUUGCAGGAGCUCAAAAUGCAAUUGCGUAGAUGGGCUAGGGGUAUGCUCUUUGAUGAGAAGCGCCGGGCAUUGGGAUUAAAUAUAGCACCAAGAAGGCCUCCACAUAUGGCGUUCCUUGGUAAUCCUGGAACAGGCAAAACGAUGGUCGCCCGGAUUCUUGGGAAACUCCUCCACAUGGUGGGCAUUUUAUCUACUGACAAAGUAACAGAAGUGCAAAGGACCGACCUAGUUGGUGAAUUUGUGGGGCACACAGGACCAAAGACUAGGCGCAAGAUAAAUGAAGCAGAGGGAGGAAUACUUUUCGUCGACGAAGCCUACAGAUUGAUUCCAAUGCAAAAAGCAGAUGACAAGGACUAUGGCUUAGAGGCACUCGAAGAAAUAAUGUCCGUGAUGGACAGUGGAAAGGUGGUGGUGAUAUUUGCCGGGUAUUCUGAGCCAAUGAAACGUGUGAUCCAAUCGAACGAAGGGUUCUGUCGGAGGGUAACCAAGUUCUUCUACUUCGACGACUUCAACACCACCGAACUUGCUCAGAUUCUUCAUAUCAAAAUGGACCACCAAGAUCAGAAUAGUUUACUGUACGGGUUCAAGCUCCACCCAUCUUGUAGCGUCGAAGCCGUUGCAGAGUUGAUCGACAGAGAGACAACGGAUAAACAAAGGAGGGAGAUGAAUGGGGGUUUAAUUGGUCCAUUGCUUGCAAAUGCUCGUGAAAACUUAGAUCUUCGUCUUGAUUUUGAUUGCACCGACACUGAUGGUUUAGUGACAAUAACAUUGGAGGAUCUGAAAGCAGGCCUGGAACUACUUUCACCAUGAUAUUUCUCUGCUUAGCUUACAGCUUCACUUCUUGUAGUCAGCUCAGCUCCAACAAAUAGCAGAUUGUCACACUGCAACAGUAGUAGGUAUGAUUCGUUGCUGCUGAUGUAUUCUUUCCAAUGCAAUGAGUAGUAAAUCUCAGGUUGUAUGGGAUAAAUGAUUAAUUGUUUGCUUCUUAUUUGAUGGUGUAAUACGUAAAAGCAAGUUUGCUUCUGUUCUAUAAACCGUUUGUCAUUUGUUCUUUAGCCAUUAACAUGAGAAAUCAUGAAUA